CGGCGGAGCUGGGAUGAGAUUCGCCGGAAGCCCAAGCUCCCGACUUCUGCUUCCGGGUCAGAGCCAUGGCGGUGGCAAAUUCAAGCCCUGUCAACCCCGUGGUGUUCUUUGAUGUCAGCAUUGGCGGCCAGGAAGUUGGCCGAAUGAAGAUCGAGCUCUUUGCAGACGUUGUGCCUAAGACAGCCGAGAACUUUAGGCAGUUCUGCACUGGGGAAUUCAGAAAAGAUGGGGUUCCUAUAGGAUACAAAGGAAGCACUUUCCACAGAGUCAUAAAGGAUUUCAUGAUUCAGGGUGGAGAUUUUGUUAAUGGAGAUGGUACUGGAGUUGCCAGUAUUUACCGGGGGCCAUUUGCAGAUGAAAAUUUUAAACUUAGACACUCAGCUCCAGGCCUGCUUUCCAUGGCAAAUAGUGGUCCCAGUACAAAUGGCUGCCAGUUCUUCAUCACCUGCUCUAAGUGUGAUUGGCUGGAUGGGAAGCACGUAGUGUUUGGAAAAAUCAUUGAUGGACUUCUAGUGAUGAGAAAGAUUGAGAAUGUUCCCACAGGCCCCAACAAUAAGCCCAAGUUGCCUGUGGUGAUCUCACAGUGUGGAGAGAUGUAAUCCAGAGCAAGACGGAAUCAGCUCCACAGAGUGCUCCAGGUCUGCCAAAAGACACGUGCUUUGGUGCCAGUACAUCAGGAAGCCCCAUCACUGUCAAGCCAUUGAACUGCUAGUUUUCUCCUUUGCUUAAUUUAUAAUGUAUAUUGCACAGAGUUGUAAAGGGUAAAUAAUGAGAUAAUAUAUUUGGCAGUAUAUGUUAGUUUCUUCUUGGUUCUUGUGUAAUAUACUUUUUUUUUUUUUUUACUUUCAACUUUGCUCUGGAGAACCAAAGGUCUGGCCUAUGGCAAGAAUCAGACCGGUUUUACUCUUUUGCGAAGAGGAUCAGGAAUGUAGAGAAUAGGUGGGAAUGUUGUCUCAUGGAAAGUCCCAUUCCAAUCCUCUGAGCUGCUAAUCUCUUCCAUCCCUUACAGACCUCCAUGUAUCUGCCAUU